AUGUCGCACGUCCCGAUUAUCAAAUAUGCGACAGCUACCCCGGAAACUCCAGGGGAAUUAGCGUUAACUAGCCAUGGUACGGGUCCAUCCUCCGAAAUAAACGCGAACGCUUCCCGACCCGGCACCUCUCUAGGAACGUCCGCGACACCUGGACCAAGGGCACGCAGUUGUGUCACAUGCCGCACACGAAAGGUGCGAUGUGACAAGACGUCACCAUGUUCAAAUUGCCGCCGCGCAAGAAUUCCCUGCGUUUUUCCUUCCUCCGACAAGCCCCCGCGAUGGGCUCGUCGGCUGGAGCGCAUUGCGAACAAUGCUAAGGCUGAGCAAGAAGCCGGUUCGGAUGUCAGUCAAGUUAUGGACAGGCUUCGAAACCUCGAAGGCCUUGUGAAAGAACUUAGUAGUCAGUUAGAGCAAGCUCACAGCGCUGCAAAUACGAAUAGCCAUGGCUCACCUUCAGCAAACUCACCGGGGAGUUCUAGCCAUGAUCACGAUGCGGAUAACCAUACGAUUUCGCUACCUAUAACAAAUUCUUCUAAUCUAUCGAAGCAGUUUGGUAGGCUUGUUCUCGGGGAUGCUGGUCAGAGUCACUACGUAAGCAACGGCUUCUGGUCGCGUGUUAACGAUGAGCUCGAUGGCCUUAAAAUGGAAACUGAGGGUCUGGCUAGUGGAGACUACGAUAGUUCCGAGGACGAAGAUUCACUUAGCAAGACCCCGUCUACCCAGGAACUAGAUAGGACGCCCUCACAACGACACGCAUUUCUGUUCGGCCACAAUCUUAGCUCUCAUGGACCUAAUAUCCGCGAGUUUCACCCACCACUAUCCCAGAUCCCCUUUAUCGUGGAUGUCUUCUAUCGAAACGUCAAUCUUCUAACUCAGGUGGUCCAUAUGCCUACAUUGAAUAAGAUGGUGCAGAGUCUGCAAGACAGUGGCCCCUCGAUUCUCACACCGGCCAACGAGGCUCUAAUGUUUGCUAUAUAUUAUUCUGCGAUAACCUCCAUGGAGGAGGAAGAUGUCGUAGCUAAUCUCGGCCCUUCUAAAUCUGAACUGAACCUAAAGUACCGUCUGGGCUUAGAGUACGCACUUGCGAAAGCAGACUUUCUAAAUGUGCCUGACAUAGUUCUUAUACAGGCGUUUGCUAUAUUCUUAUGUUUAGCUCGCCGAUAUGAUAGCCCGAGGUUUGUGUACAUGAUGACAGGGCUUGUCAUCAGGAUGGCUCUGGCUCUAGGAUUGCAUCGUGAUGGUAGCCAUUUCCCUCACCUUACGCCCUUUGAAGCUGAAAUGCGACGAAGACUAUGGUGGCACAUUUGCCUCCUUGAUGUGAGGGCCUCUGAGGACCAAGGCAUGGACCUCACCAUCACGCCCGGCAGCUUCGACACGCGACAGCCUCUGAAUAUUAACAAUGAUGACAUCGACCCCGAAACAAAGGAAAUGCCGAAGGAACGAGAGGGUAUAACUGAUAUGACCUUCUCUCUCAUGACCAGUACUCAGUGCGAAGUAACGAGGGAAAUGAUGGCUGUGAGUCUUAAAAAUGGGACACCGCAGAUAGAUGUCCAGGACCGCCUACUGAACGAGUACUACGGGAGGCUAGAGAAAGCAUAUCUUCAAUACUCUAGCGCAGAGGGAAACGUCACAUACUGGGUGGUUGUCGUCAUAGCAGGACUUGUAAUGGCUAAGAUGAGUCUAAUAGUCUACUUCCCCUUGCUCUUCUCACCCCAAAGUGAGUAUGCUUCAGACGAGAUGCGUAAUAGGCUGUUUAUAGCUGCGAUCGAGGUAGCUGAGUAUAACCACGCGCUCAACGCCGAACAGGCCUGCCGCCAAUGGCGCUGGAUUUACCAGACGUACACGCAUUGGUAUGCCGUCGUCUACCUCCUAAUCGAGGUGACACGGCGCCCCUGGUCGCCUCUCGUCGAACGCGCAUGGGUCGCGCUCCAUAGCAACUGGCUUAUCCCCACCCGCAGCAAUACGGAUAAAAACCUGCGCUUCUGGUUCCCUCUCCGAAAGCUCAUGGCUAAGGCUCGACGGCACCGCGAAGCUGAGAUUGAGCGGCUUCGGUCUGACCCGCAGGCAGCGCGGCAGUUGGAAACGGAGGACAGGGGUGCUACUCAACCGAGUAGCUCAGGCCCAUUUCCGGGCCCCGAUAGCGCCGAGACUUUCCGUGAGCGCUGGCGCCAGCUCGUAACCGUAUCACAAAGCCUGGGGGAUUAUACCCAGACGGUUGCUCAGCUCACUAGAGGGGUUCUAGUGCCACCUAGUAUUACCUAUUCUGCUGAAACUAACGGGCCGGGCUUCGGCUCUAUACCUUCAUAUGAUUCAAGCGCCUCAGUACCCCAACCCGGAUUCGCGUAUCCCCAGUCUAGAUUACCGCAGGGGAGCGGAUUUUUUCCGCCAAACAUUUCUAGCGGGAGUUUCUCCGAGCCGAACUUUGGGUUUCAACAGAAUCCUCAUAACGAAGCUGUACCGGGGACUCUAUCAGCUGGUCCAGCUUGCGGAUUAUCUUCGGCGUCUAUGGACUUGGGACCAGGCUUCGGAGCUUGGCUAUGGGCUGAUGCGGACCCGUCGGUUGACGUAUUUGCUGAUAUGGAUUUAGAAGCAGUAGAUCUGAAUUUAGAUUUGGACGGCGAGGUCGAUUGGAAUAAUUGGGUGGCGUCGGCGAAUGGGAUGAAUUGGACGGGUGAUUCAGCAGAUGGAAAUCAGAGAUAUCAAUCUUAA